AGACAAUGCGAGCGAAAUGUAUAGUGACGUAAAAUAUAUUCUAAAUACGUAAUUUCGUGUUACGGAGGUAAUUAGUGAAUGUAAUAACAUGAUGAUUAUAUGGAUUACUUUAUUAUUAUUUAUUUCUAGCACAUACACAAUCCAAACUAGUAAUCAUAGAACAAGAUUAUUAAAAGAUCAGCACACUACUUCAAGUAGAAACUAUCGCCAUAUUGUACCAUUAGCUAGUCCGGAGUUUGACUGGAAGCAUGGACUGAGAGAAGCCACAAUUCAAGCUUUAUUAAGAGAGCAGUUACCGGAUCAUCAUUUAAGAAAAAGAAUCUUUUCUGCACCAUUUUUAGGUAAACCAGAAAAACCUUCGCCAUUUGGAGAUAUAGCUCUACUAGCCAGAGGUCAGUUGUACGCUAAUUACGCCGGAUACAUAUUUGUACAAGAUCCAUACCAAAAUGACUGUGAUGGGUGUCACAGUAUAGAGCCACAAAGGUUGAAGGAACAAUGCAUAUUUAACCACUGUCAGAUAUGGCACGCAAGAAAUGACAACCAACUUCUAGCGUUGUGGUUGAUAAAACGUAUUCGACAUCGAUCAAUAGAAGACGGCUAUGCCAAGAUGGAAUUAGAGUAUAAAAUUGCACCCAUUGGCUGGAAUUAUCCCAAAGAAAUGUAUUUAACAAGAGAAGGAGCAUUUAAUUAUGAUAUACCAGGACACGUAUUCAUCUUAAAAAAUUCCGAAACUCAUCAAAACCAAUUUAAUGAACCCCAUUUCGAUCAUUUCAAACAUGGAGUAUUUGUGGCUCAAUCGCCAGAUGGAAGAAAGUUUAUACUUCACAAUUUUCCCGGUGCGAUUUUAACACCAGAAACUCCAAGAUUUCAAGCAGUAACCUCAGCUGACUCUACACUUGCAAGCACUACACCAACCAAACAAUAUGCUGAAGAGGACCCAAGAAAGCUGUAUCAAGACCUUUUGGAAGCCUUGCAUAAGAAAACAUCACUCAUUCCACAUAGGUUUUUGCCACAGUCAACUAAUAUCCCAACCGCUGUAGCGCAAACUCCACUGGUUCAACUCCCAACGGGGCAAGUGUUUCCAAUAACUGAACCUAUAACUCCACCAAACACCCCAGGCUACGUUUCAAUUAGGUUUCCGGAGACAUCCUCAGUCCCCACGAAACAAACGACUUUAGCGAAACAUCCAAUUUUUAGACCGCCCGAGAAUCAGGACAAAUACACAACUAUGUACAUGACACAUCCCAUAGUAACUAGGCCAUCCUUACCUACCACCAAUGUAUUUGCAUCAAGUGUUACUUACCCUAAAACUAGUGAAAGUGCAUUUGUGAGACCUCAGUAUUCAGAUGUACCAACAAGUAAAUUUGCUCCACAAUACACAACGGCAUAUGUGGUACCCACCACCGAUAAAGGGAUUUUAUAUAAAAAACCGGAAAAUGUUAACACCACAUUGCCAGUUAAAACCACUUAUCAUUUUUUUGCAGCCGAAGAGGAAUCCAGUACAAAACCAGCAAAUACCCGAUUAACAAGCACUUUUCACACUACACCUUUUUAUUCAGAAACCAAAGAAACAACUAGGCAACAUUUUACUCCUGAAAAUAAUAUUAAGACUAGGCCGGGAAAUGUAAUUCAGAUGACAACUUCUGUGAAAAUAACUUCCUCGCCAAAAGCAAGUUUUACGUCAAGUAAGCCAACUUCUGGAAUACCGACCACUCUCUUUGAACCUUCAACCGUACAUACGCCAAAACCACCUCCUAAACAUUUUACUCGGCCGAUAACAGUACUCGAAGAGAGUUCAGAAGACAAUCUUAACAGUUAUCCAUCUACGCAAACAGACGCUAUCGCGGUAUUUCAAACAACGACAACAGAAAAAGCAAUUACUCCUAUAGAAACAAAAGUCCCUUUCACAAUAACACCCCAAUUUAACACACAAACAUCAGAAAUACCUACUUCUGAAAUAGCAAAACUAACUUCUAUAUCACCCACAUUCACUUCUUCAUUUAGUAGUCAAGCCUCGAAAAUACCUACAUCGGAAGUGGCCAAAAGCACUUACAUACCUUCCACAGUUACUUCUUCAAUUAACAGUCCAACCGCAGAAAUACCCACUUCUGAAGAAAACAAAAACACCUAUAUCCCGUCCACAUUCAUUGCUUCAGUUAACACUCAAACAUCCGAAACACCCACUUCUGAAGUGCACAAAAGCACCUAUGAACCUUCCACCUUAACUGCUGCUUUUAACAGUCAAGCAUCAGAAAUUCCUACUUCUGAAAUCACCUAUGGGUUCACAACAAGUAUGCAAUCUUCGCCUAAGACAACACAAACAGUGUAUGUGGCUUCAGACGAUAGUUCAGACACUAAGGCAACUAUGACUGAAGAUACUGCUAUACCGGUUCUCACCUCACAACUCACAACUCAACCGACAAAAGCUGAGUCUACUCCAAGACGAAUUAUAACUAAUAUAAGUGCUGACGGAAAAGUGACAAUUAAGACAACGCCUAUUAGUCCACAGUUUGAACUUUUUGGUGCCACCAGCAUAUUUUCUAAAAGGCCCAAGACAACUCAGUCAUUGAAGGUCAGUAGUACUAAGCCAAGCAACUUUUUAGUUGAAGAAGGGGUUGGAAACAAUUAUAACUAUCCCUUGUAUAGAAAAACUUUAAAAGAUUAUAAUGAAGAUGAUAUAUUCGGACCGACAAGGAGUACACACGCACAAGUGCCUAGAACUACAAAGAAAUACACUAAGUCAGAUGUAGAAACGGCAUUAUUUGAUCGUAAUGGUGAGAAAUUAAAAGUUGUAAGAAAUUUACCGAUUACAACCGUUGCAACCCUAUCCAAAGUGGUGUAUUCUGAUUAUUUUGAAGCUUCUAGUACUACUACUGCUGCUACAACAGAACCUUCAACAACUGUCCCUACUCAAUUUUCUAAAAAUUCAGUAGCUGAAAAAAUAAGAGCCAGACAAAUUUUUAAUACCAGAAAACCUAGAGUUAAUCGUACUUUUAAGAAAAGUACAGUUGAAAACAUCAUGCCAGUUACUAGUCAAAGCUUUUUAACAUCAAUUUCCUAUGAGGUGAACAAAGAAAAAGUAAAAAAGGGUGUAACGAAUAAAAGUUUUGAAGAAAUGACAACUGAAUAUUCUGCAGAAACCGACCCUAACACCAUGAAAACGAAAAAUCUAAGUGACGGUAAUUUCGAUAAUUAUGCAUUACGAUUACUGGGACAGGCAAAAAGUGUUGAAUAUCUCGAAAAUACGUUAACCACCACCACGGCAAAAAGUUUAACGAAUAAAAAUGAAAAAUCCAGCAAAAAACCAAAAUAUACCAGACGAAGGAGCUAUGUGGCAAGAUCAAAAAGACCAGUGAAAAAGAAGCCAAAUAAAACUACUUCAUCAACCUAAAUCGCCAUUAAAUAUUAAUCCUAAUUGCUACAAAUCUUUUUGAUUUGUGAGUGACCUAUUAUUUAUAAAACAAAUUUAACUAAAAAAACGUCCUUUUUUAAAUUCAUUCAUCUGACCCAUAUAAUAAUGUACGUAUCACUUGUCAUAAUUUACUUAUUUAUUAGUACAUCAUAGUUUUAAAUAAAAUCGAAAAAACUAAGAGAAAAUUAACAAAACCAUCACUAAUAAAAAAAUUAAAAUCAAGGACUCAUAAAGUGAGAAGUGUUAUUUAAAAAAUGAAAAUACACAGAAAAAAACAAUACAUCCAAACGUCGGCGAGAAACGAAUUAAAGAGUGCGAAACCAAGUAAAUCGAAGAAAUACUCCUUUUACAUAAUUUUGUAUAAAAAGUUAAUGAUGAUUUAAGUCUCUUUUUGUAGGUUUUUAGCGUAAAAAAUAUUAUGUAAUUAUUUAUGUAUAAUAUGAAGCAACUGUUAUGUAUAAAAUAGAUAUUUUUUACUCACCA